AGUACCUCCUUGUAUCUGUUGUUCUUAUACCCUUGUUCUUAGCUAUCUUUAUUUUAUUCCCUCUUUAAUUUUAUAAAAAUAAAAUAAAAAAAUAAAAUAAUGAAGCUUCUUGGGCUAUUUAUCUUCUCCAUCAUCCUCUUCCAGGGCUUCAGUGAGGCUUUAUCAGCAGCUAACUCUACAGGAAAUUCCCUCACCAAGGAAGAAAAUAAGGCCGGAUUUCAGAUGAAAUAUGGUCUCAAACAUUUGAAUUGCAACUAUGCUUGUGCAAUGAGAUGCAGUAGAUCAUCAAGGAAGAAUUUGUGCAAUAGGGCAUGCAACAGUUGUUGUUUUCAAUGCAAAUGUGUUCCUCCUGGUACUUAUGGUAACCACCAUCUAUGCCCUUGUUAUGCAAGCCUCAGGACCCAUGGCAAUAGACCUAAAUGCCCUUAAUCAAUUACUCUAUGAUCGAUUUAUAAUAUUGUACUAGUAGAUAUAGUUUUGUUUUUUUAUAAUAUCGAUCAUUAAUAAGUCAUACGACAUCUACAAUUCAAUUAGAUUUGUAAAAGAAGAACAACGAUAGUAGAAUAUUGUACUACUCGUACUAGUUUAAUAUCAUCCUUUGGGUGCCAAUAAUAAUGUGUUGGAUCUAUUAAUCUAUAUUAUGUUAUUAUAUUCGUGCUUACUGAGUCUUGUAUUCGAUCAAGUCAAUAUGAAUUACAAAUGGGGGACGUGGGUUAGGUCUGGGCGUUAUUGGAAAAAGCACGACAAGGUACGGCUCCACUCGACCUGGCACGGCAAAGGCACGACGUCCCGACCAAGCCCGACACAACAGUCCGCUGGCUUGGGUCAUGUUUUGAACUUUUCGGUUCGGUCCGGUCCGACCCAACACGAUGCAGU